GUCAUGUCAUGUCUGUCACGCAAAAAAGUCAAAACAAUAAAUCUUAUUUACAUUUUUCGUUCGUAGUAUCGUUGGGUACAAUAAAAACCCUGCUUGGUAAAAAAUAAAAAUGAUAUCGGGGACAAAAUUAGAUGUAAUUUGGUCUCCUGUCCACCACGACAAAUUUAUAUUAUGGGGUUCAGACAUAACCUUAUAUCAGGUUUCUCGUUUAAAAGAUAUCGAGAAGAAAACUGCAUAUACUCAAAUUUCUUCAAACAGAGGUGCAACUGUCAUUGCAUCUCAGAGUGCUAACGGUGUACGAUGUGUCGAUAUCAGUGCUAUCCCUGAGCAGCCAGAGCCAUUGCUUGCACUCGGGCACUCCAAUGGACGCGUCUCUCUCGCCAACCUAAAACAAGCCUAUGACCCAUUAGGACUUGUUGGGAGAGAGUUCAAUCCACGCUACCCUCGGCUGUGUAAUUCAGUUUCAUGGAGUCAUGUGGAGAGCAAUCUACUGGCAGUGGCUAUGGAGAAGCAUCGCAGUGAUCAUUGCAUACUAAUAUGGGAUGUGAAUAAAGGAUCUGCUACUCCAGCAGGCUAUGCUAAAAAUGCAGAUUCAACCGCAUCGCAAACUGACAAUGCAAAGCCUGUUGCAGAGAUGGGCCUCUCUGAGACAGCCCACAGUGUGUCCUGGUCUAAUUGUUCAAAUCGCACCCUACUAGCCAGCAUGAACCUCAAGUUCAUAAAGAUUUUUGAUCUCCGAGACUGGUCGAACAAGGGCGUUCUUGUCGCGACGUCGCGGUACUGCCACGGCGUGACUGCCGACCCGCUGUGCUCGUGGCAGGUCGCGUCGCGCGGGGAGGGCGUGGUCUGUAUAUGGGACGCGCGCAACUUCUGCCGCCCGCUGCUGGCACUGCCGCAGCCCCGCCCCGUCGCCAGGGUACAGUGGUGCCCCACCAGACGUAACCUCCUGCUGUCUCUACAACGCGACUCCAACACGCUUCGCCUACACGACAUCCAGCAAGCCCACAACGACCCCAGCAAGGCAGCCGUCACCGUAGACAACACAAUCAAUGUCAAUGAAGAGCAAGCGGCCACGGCGAUAGAAGCGGAGUUGGAAGAGUACGAGCGCGGGCCGAGCGCCAUCGAGCGGGACGUGACGCCCCUGGCGUGCGGCCUCAUCGGGCCCGCGCAGAACGGGCCCGGCCUCAUCGGGCCCGCACAGAACGGGCCCACAGCCCAUGCGGGCCCAAUCGCCUCCUUCUGCUGGCACCCGGCGCACGAGGCGCGGCUCAUCGCAGUCGGUGUUAAUGGCAGCGUGAGUGACUACACUGUGUGCGAGCGCGUGACGGUGUCGUGGGGCGCGGGCCCGCUGGCGUGGUCGUGGGGCGGGGCCCUGCGGGUGGCGGAGGGCCCCGCGCCCCUCACGCCGGGGCCCGCCUGCCUCACCCCGGGGCCCGCCUCCCUCACCACUGCGCCCGCGCCGACCCUGCCGCCCUACCUGGACGAUAUAUCGCAUGUCAUGCGCCGGCGCGCGCUCACAGACUACGGACUCAAGCCCGACUUAUGGCAGAACGCAGACUUGGCGGACGACGUAUCUCUCAGCGCGCUCUGGCAUUUUCUGGCGCUCAGCAAGUCAUUGGUCGAGGAUGGUUGCAUCCGCAGCAGCGGGUGGCGGUACCCGGGCGUGGUGGGCGUCGUAGUGGCCGGGGCCGGCGGGGCGGGGUCGGGCCCGGGGGCGGGGCCGGGGGAGGGCGGGUACCGGUCCGAACCCGCGCCCUCCUUGCUGCCGGAUCUGCCGCACCGACGCGUCACUCUCUACAGGAGCGUGGAACGCACUCGCGCCGUAUCGCUGUGCGGCUGGGGCUGGGGCUGGGAGAGCGCGGGCGCGGGCGUGGAGCGCGCGGAGGCCGAGGGGACGCCCUGCAGAGCCGCCGCCCUAGCCGCCUUCCACCUGCGGCUGCGGCACGCGCUCGACGUGCUGGCGCGGGCCAGCAAGCCGCAGCUCCGAGUGGUGGCCUUAGCACUAGCCGGAUUGAGCGAUGAACGCUUAUGGCGCGACGCUUUAGCCGCCGCUACACCGGCAUUACCAGACCCGUAUCUGCGAGCAUUACUACACUUCUUAGCAGCAUCAGCCCCGGCCACUUCCCCCACCCCAACUACCCCCCCUGCGGCUUCCACCCCGCACUUGGAAGCGGUGUUGAAUGAACGAGGAAUGAGACUGGAAGACCGGGUCGCGUUCGCCUGUCUCUACUUGCCUGAUGCAGACCUGAUCGACUACCUGACGCGGACUAAAGAUGAGCUCGUGGAACAGGGCGACCUCUCCGGGAUACUGCUCACAGGCAUCAGCCCGGACGGUGUGCGGCUGCUGCAGCGCUGGCUGGAGCGCACCGGCGACGUACAGACUGCCGCACUGGUGGGGGCGCGCUGCGUGACCCACGACCUCGCGCGCGCGCACCGCCUGCACGACUGGCUGCAGGCGUAUCGUUCGCUGCUGGACUCGUGGCGCCUGUGGGCGGCGCGUAGUGCGUUAGACACGUGGUGGGCGGCAGGCCCCGGCGCGGGGGCGGGCCCCGGGGCGGGCGCGGGCGCGGAGGGCGGGGACCGGGCCGUGGCGGUGGCCUGCGCCUACUGCGGGAAACCGGUCGCCGCGCCCCCGCAUCACCGGCGCGUGCGGGCCCGCCUGCCCCCGCCCGCCGCCAAGAUGAAGCAACUGUCGUCGUGCCCCAACUGCCGCAAGCCUCUGCCCCGAUGCGGCGUGUGCUCGCUUCACUUGGGGGCGGGUGGGGUCGGGGGCGGGGUCGCGGGGUCGGGGUCAGGGUCAGGGUCGGGGUCAGGGUCGGGGUCGGGCGCGGGGGCGGCCAUAUUCGGCGGGUGGUUCAGCUGGUGCGUCGCGUGUAGGCACGGAGGUCAUGCGGACCAUCUGCUCGAGUGGUUCAAGGAGCACACAGAGUGCCCGGUGAGUUCGUGCAACUGUCACUGCAGCAUACUAGACCCCCCCGACAGACUAUAAUGUAGAAAUAACUCGACUUGAUAUUUAGUAUAAGAAGUGAUUGACGGCCUCGUCUCAAAAGUUCCAAGUUGGAAGAAAAUGAACUUUCGAUGCUGCCUCUGAUAGUUGUUUUUAUAAUUAUAAAAUAAUCUAUUUGGGCAUACUAUGAUUAAUUGAUAUUGUUGUUUUAUAUAUAUUCUAGCUCAGUUACUGGACAGGUUUUGU